AGUCCGCUGGGUCGGCGAGCCCCAUGUGGACAGAGGGAGGGAGCGUGGAGAGAGAGACGGUGCGAGAGAGAGGUGAUCGUGGACUGGUGAUCGAGUGGGCUGAGUUUGGAGUUGUGAACCUCACUGAGUGAGUUAGUGGAGUUGGAAGUUGGAUUUCUGGACUUUGUGGUUGAAGAGGAUCGAGGAUGAUGAACUUGGUUGAUCUCAGCUGAGGGCACCGAUCGAAUAAACCUGAAGAGGUGCGCCAUCAGGCGAUGAGCAGCGGCGAGCUGCCGCCCAGCCACUCAUCCUCCGACGCAGACAUGGCCUUCCAGGCCUUCGACACUGCUUACGGAACUAGCGACGACGGCCUCCUGGAGGGUCUUGGGUCUCGUCUGAUGGACCGGCCUCUAGAGGGAAGCGACUCGUCUGGGGGUGCGUACCGGCCGUGGGAGUCGGCCGAAAGACCGGAGCCGGGUCACCAGCUGAGUUUCGGUGCCUAUCAGGGGUUCUCGUCUCCGCCGCCUCCGCCGAUGUCUGGGCCAGGACCGGUGUCAGGGUUUGCCACACCACCAACCGGAGGAGGAAGCCCGCUCCCUGGCUUCAACACGUUGCAGCAGUCUGGAGCGUACCCACCGCUACAGACGGCCCCCAGAGAGAUGGAUGGGUUUGAUGAGCGCGUGGCGGCGUUUUCUGCGGCAUCCGCAGCGUCAUCGACAUCAACGCCCGUCCCUUCGUCGAUGUCGAUGUCUUCGAUGGCGUCAACGGCGGCGACGGUUAGCGCGCCGUCCCACGUCGGGGCCGUGUUCAGUCCGGCGCGCAUGGCGACGUCGCCACGACACUUCCGACAACACGGUCAGGACGCAACAACUCCCAUUCUCACUCAGCUCGAGCCAAAACGCGCCCAGAAGCGUCCGUUCGAGUCAACGGUUCCUUCGCUUCCUGCGACCGUCGACACGAAUCGCCGCGACGACGACUCAUCUCCUCGACUCGAGCCAUCGGCGCAAGUAAGCUCCGUCACUUCAAGCGAUCUGCUGGACGCCAAGCCAGCUUACGCUUCGCCCAUGUCUCAACCUCAAUCAGAACCGACUCCUUCGGUCAACAUGUCCGAGAAGCCGCCGAAGAAGAAGCGGAAACGUUGCGGCGACUGCGUUGGCUGCCACACGAAGGAGAACUGUGGGUCGUGUGCGCCCUGCAAGAACGAGAGGAGUCAUCAGAUCUGCAAGAGCCGCCGCUGCGAGACCCUCGUGGAGAAGAAGCGAACGCCUAGCCGCGCACGCCGCGCCGAAUCUCAGGAGCCGCAGUCGUCUAGCGGACGGGACAGCGAGCCCCCGCGAGGCGAGCGCAGCAGAAGUGCCAGCGUUCACGGCAGUCUCAGUCGACCGUCUGCCGGGGGCUCGGUGUUCGGCAGCUCUAUGACGAUGCCGUCCAGCCAGCCACCCCACCCACCAACUCUUCCACCACACCAGCCUCAUCCGCCUUCGUUCGGCACCGGUCAACCUCCAUGGUCUUCAGCAGCCCCUGGACAGAACGGCGCCGCCCAGUGGACCGGCCAGCAGUAUCCGCAGAUUUCUGUCGCUCCAGCUCCUCCGGCGCCCGCGGCGCACUUUUACGACUCGCGCGUGCAGUAUCAAUACCCCCAGCCGGGUGGAGCGCCGUUCUACCAGCCCGAUGAUCACUUUGGUGAUCCAUUUGGAACCGGAAGCAACGGAGGAGUUGGCGGGGUGACCUCCGGAGGCUAUCCUGGUCUACCGGACCCUCCGUCAGUGCGUUCGAAUGGAUCGGGGAAUGGCUUCAGUCCGGGACCUAGCUACCUAGUGAGUACAGGAGCCGAGAAGGGAUCCCACUUACUCAUCCCCGUGACGAACAGUGGGGUGCUGCCCAAGCCGUCCCCGCUGACGCCCCACCCGCUGGGACGUCCGGGACUCAUGGUGUCGACCACCAUCACACCGCUCAGCCACGCGCCGCAGCUGUCCACGUCUUUAAACUUCCAGCCUGGCCACCAAGCAUCCUCCCGCCGCCCGAGCAGCUCACUCAGCUCUAGCUCGGUCGACCGGUGUCCAGGCGAGACCAGCGGGACCUCCGCCCCCGCCCCCGCCCCCGCCCUGGGCGGCGGAGGAGGCGGCGGCAUGGGCGGAGAGAUGUACCCCAUGGAUCCGCCGCCGCCACUCAGCGUACACGACAAGCUCAAGUUGAAGAUCUUUGAGAGACAGCAGAAGUCGCCGGCUGUGAAGCCGGUGUCGCAUUCGCCUGUGCCGCAUUCGCCCCAUCAGGUAGCGCACUCGCCGCAUCAAGUUGCGCAUUCGCCACACCAGGUGCCGCACUCGCCGCACCAAGUGCCGCAUUCGCCUCAUCAAGUGCCACACUCUCCGCACCAGGUGGCGCAUUCGCCGCACUCGUCUCAGCCAGUGCGGCAGGUGGCGCAGGGGUCGCGCCAGACAUCGCAGUCGCCCCAUCAUCUGCCCCAGUCGCCCAUACAACAGAUGGUCCACUCACCUCACGGGAUGCCGCAGAGCCCCCACAGUUUCGGCCACAUGCCGCAGUCGCCCAUGCAGCAGCAGCAUCAACAGCAGGGCUCACCAAUGUCCUACCACAACAUCUCAGCUCAGAUGGAAAACAAGCCGCCAGAUGGGUUCGAACCGUUCCCGAGCUUAGGCUCCGAGCCAGGCUCUUACCAGAUCACUGGCAACAUCUUCCAGACGGGUCUAUCUUUCGGCGAGCCGGGCGUAGGCUCCAGCCUCUGCAGCGAUCGCGUAAGCAGCUCCGGUCAGCGCCUGGAGCCCUCUGAUCAGCUGGGGGAGUCUCUGCUGUCUCAUGACGACUCUGAGCAGCCUUUUUUAGCCCGUAGGACUGCAGCGGCCGGGCGGCGACGCCCGAGUGGGGGCUCUGCAGUCCUGGAAGCACCACCAUCUCCCACGAAGAGCUCGUCGGAAGAGACGGCCGAUGAGCAGCAGAAGGAUGAAGCGAUCGGCGAGGGAAAGACAGGCGAAAUGGAUGAUGAAGAUAAUCAAGAGCGGCCAGAUCAAGGCAAUCAAGAUAAGCCAGAGGAAGUCAUUGAAGUCAGCGAACACAGCCAGCAGGUUGAGGAGGCAAAUGACGAGUCUGCUGAAUCAGUUUCAAAUGCCGCCAGUGAACUGACGACGAGUGAAGAGGCAGCAGAGCUGGAUGGUGAUAAUGUAGAGAAACUGGAAAUAGAAGGUGGUCGUGGAUCUCUUCAAACGGGAACGGGAUCGGAUGAUCGCGAAAUAUCCACGGAUGAAACUGAAACUUCGCCUGCCGACAAGGACUCUGUUGCACAGACGGAGACGACAGACGUGGCAGUAUCUGAAGUCAGGUUCACUGAAAGGUGCACAGAAAAGCUUGUGGAACCCAAUGCUGCCUGUGCGGAUGCUGAACGUGAUCCUGGAGCUGCCCUGCCUGGGGAGGCGACUGAAGCGGUUGAACCACUGGAGGGAGCGGCUGGGGUUGUGUCUUCUGAUGAAAGCGACGCAGAAGUCAGUCGUACUCCUUUCGGUGAGGGAAUCGAGUCUAAAGAAAAGCUGCUGUCCUCUGCUCCAGAAGCUGAAAAGUCAGGCGAUUUUCCUGAAGUUUUGCCGUCAAAAUCCGAUCAGACAUCUGAAGAAAUGCCAACUGAAUGUGAUAAAGAUCAUCUGAAUCAGGUGGAGUCUGAAUCACCUGGUCCGGAUGAAGCCCCACCAGCUUCUGAGGAUCCUCUGCCACAUCCAGCUCGGCCUAUCUCCGACGCAGAAGUCAACCCACCGGCGAAGCCAGUCUCGACAGGCUCCCCUAAAGAAGAAGAAAACACCGAUGCUCCAAGAGCUGCAAUGGAAGGCGACAGCACGGGCGAAGCUGAUCAUUACAUGAGCUUCUACCACGCAGUGUUUCCAUCCGCCACCAACUCGCCGAGAAAAAGCCACGAGUCGCUCAGCCCUUCUCAUCUUGCAGCAUCCUCUUUCUUCGCCGAGCCUCCUUCGUCUUACGGAGGAUCUGAAAACCCACUUUGGGAGUCUUCACCGUUUGGGCCGUCGAGCUUCCUUUACCAAGAGGCUCGUCGUCGCAGGGACCUGGUGCGACAGCGACUCAACCUGUGGAAAACAACACUGCUAAAUGAGACUGCCCGGCAUUUGGAGACAGAAGAGCUUCGCCUUCAAGGGAAAGUCGCUAACUUAGUGCCGGUGCAGCCGUACGGCGGUUUUCUGGGAAUGGCCGAGUUUAACUAUCUGGUGGACCACCCUUCAGACUUCUACCAGUGGUGUGGUGACCUCGCAGCCGCCCUCGACCGCCUCGGGCGAGGUAGCUCUCGGACAACGGAGUGCAACUCGCUGCAAGAUCACGUGGCUGCGAAACUGGCUGGUUUUGCGCGCGAUAAUUUCGGCAAGAUGUCUGAUAUUUCUUGGAGGAGUCAAACUUGGCCGAUGACGCUGUCCUUCACCAUGCGGAAGGUGGUGACGGAAAUCUUCAUGGUGGGUGUGACGCUGGAGGCGAACAUAUCGAAGAGGAUGCUGCUCGGUGGAACUAGCGCGGGGUAUGCAGUGGAGAAACCGAUGAUGGAUGGUCCAUUCAUCAGCAAGCAAUCUGUGCUGUAUGGUGGGGAGGGAAGUCGCAGUGAAGGCGGGAUGAGGGAGGAACUGUUGGCUCCGCCGCCAGACGGUCGUGCAGGGGGUCCAGGGCCGGAGUUUGAUCCAGGGAGUGUGUACGCGAUGAGCUCCGGACCCCCGGUGAAUGGCUGGAGGCUGGCUCCGCCACGCGCCCCGCCGCCGCUGCCGCCUCCCCUGCCGCCGCCGCUGGAGCCGCCUCUGCCGGUGACCGCGGUGCCCUCGGGCUACGGUCGGGGAGCGCCACCUCAGCAGAUGCACGCCACCUUUCACUGCACCUCAGGGAGGCCGUAGGGGAGCCUGCGGCCCGUCUAGUCAGGCUGCGCUGUGCACAGGCGGUGGCGGCGGCGGGACCAAUUGAGCGAAAACGGAUCGUGUUCGAAAUUAGGGCAAGGUUUGUCGCCUUUUGUUUUUCACUGCAUUUAAUCAUGAAAGUGGCAAUAGUUUUCGGAUUCGGGGUGAGGUUGGGCGGGAGUGCGCGAGCCAGUACGUACAGGGAAGUAUGUAAGCCAUCCUUCAACUUCAUUGCAAGCGAGCGCGCGCGGCGAAGGAUUGAUUGCCCCCAUGUCCCCGGUAAUGUCUUUGUGCAUUUGCAUACGUCUUGAGACUGCAAGCGUCCUUUCCCCUGAUUGGCUACCCCGAGCGCCUCCAUGCUUUGAAAUUGUUCCGUGAAAUUCUAUCAAUUAGUUCUUGGCUCGGUUUAUUAGCCAGCGUAAAAUGCCGUGCAUCAACUUAUAUAAUUUCGGCACUUUUUAUUGGUCGUAAAUAGUUCGCUCCGAAUCCCAUUUGCAAUACGUCAUAGAUUGCCGUUCCUCCUCUACUAACUCGUUUGUUUAAUUUCCAUUCAAUCUCUUAGCAUUCCUGGGCGGUCCGUGGUGUUUCAACCUAGCACAAAGUCAUUGAUCAAAGUGUAGCUAUAGGUUGUCACCUGGGGCCCAUUCUUUUUCAACGUGAAAUGCCUUUUUUGUUAUCUGACUAAUCACGUUGGCAUUUUACACCGUAAAAUUAUUCCGUACGCCGGCUGUGGGCCUGUGUUUCACGUGUGCAGCACUUAUAGGGUUAUUUUGUACGGAUCGUGAUGUUAAACCGUCGCACUUUGUCAUGUGGGACCACCGCUGGAUCUCCUUCCCGUGUAAACGCGGCAGCCAGUGCCGAUAUUAUUUAAUUGCGUACAUGCGUGCGUGCGUGCGUGUGCGCUGGGUUUUGAUCCGUGACCCUGUAUCAUAGUUUUGUACGGUAUUUUUGUACGCCCUGUUGUAUAUAGCCGGCAAACCGGCAGGAUCUACGCCAGUUUGUGUUUUGUAACGAGUCCCCGAACUCGGUCGUGUGUUACCAAGAGACGGCGACCUUGUUACCAAAUGGAUUACGUUUGGUGACUUGGUCGCAUAUCACGAAUGACAAAGGCGAUAGCUAUGGGACAUUGUGUUGCGAUAUUUCCUGAAUCUAAAUAAUGGGCUAACUGCAUUCUGAUUCUUAGGUGUUUUGUUUUACCGUGUGAUCGUUGUUUGUUACAUUGUUCUACCUUUAACUGCUGUUCCUACAACGCACAAUAUUUCUAUUCUGUCGCACUCUCAGAUCCAUGAAAUAUCGUAACGCUUGCUACCGUCGCCUCUGUCCCGGCGUUUUUCAGUAGGCCGUAGAUACUCGUUUGGGUUGUGCUAAGUUGGUCGUGUCAUUGGCAACUUGUGUCAUGGAAUCCGCUCGCUCAUGGGUGUCAUUUAAUGCGUGUACCAAUUGAUAUCUCAUCAGGAAAGCCUUAGAUGGGAGCUCGUGACGUCAUUCAUUAUUCCAAUAUGAAUCCAAUGACGUCAUUUGUCAAAUCAUUGGCGAGUGUUUCGAAAUGUCUACCGUCCCUUCCGAAGCCACCCAGCCAAAAUAGCCUUGAGAGCGAGUACAAAAGCGGUCGCAUCUCAUCGAGUGUGUUUGAUCUCUAUGCAUUUAGUGUGUCAUUAUAAGGCGAAUGCCGCGAGUGCUCGCCGGGUCGCCAUCUUGGGCGCCGCCAUCUUGAUCUCCGCUCGGGCGUCCGGCUGUAUCGAGUUUGUAUUUUUGUAUAUAGAUGGCGCAGUUGUCGCCGGCGUGGGACCCGCCAGUCACCUAGCCGGCCUUACCAAAGCCAAUAGUACCGAUCUGAAGUGGUUGUAACCGGCGUUUCUCAUGACAGCUGUGCUAGGAAUCAUUUAUACUGCGUGCGUUCAUAGACUAGAUUUGUAGUUCAGAAUAAAACAUAAAAUGAU